AUGAAAAUAUUGCUAACCGUCGUAGCCGUGGUGCUGGCCUGUACGUUGGCUAGUGCCGAUUUCCAGGAGGAAAAAUAUCUUAUGGCUCAGCCCAGGGAUAACGCUCUGAAUGAGUUGGUCAUUCAGUUUCUGGAAAGCUUCCGCGAGUCGAUGGUCUGCGGCAAUCCCGAUCUUGGCAUUCCGGUACUGGCACCGCUCAAGGUGGAUCACUUAGAGAUGGAGAUCAACCAGAAGCUAUUUCAAAUCGGUGGAGAACUCAAUGAUAUGGUCGUUGAGGGACUGAACGAGUUCGAAAUCAAGCACAUCGACAUCAAGGUGCUGAAACUGCAGAUGGACUUUGAGUUUUACUUCGGAGCAAUCCGCACCAAGGGAAAGUACAAGGCAAAGGCCAAGCUCAUCGGGCUUCUUCCCCUGGUCCGGUUCGGCUCGUUCCGUUUCGAUGCUAAAGGUCUUACGGUGAAGGGUAGUGCAACGAUCGGUAUCAGUGGUGACAAGCUGCAGAUUCGCAAGCUAACCAUUACUCCAACAAUCAAAUCGGUGCGGUCUGACGUGAAGAAUGUUUUCCUGCAGCCAGUCGUUAACUUUAUGUUCAAUCGCGUUGUCGAGGGCGUCGUGCCGGGAUUGAUCAACAACAAUCAGCAGCAAAUUACGCAGCUGAUUGAGGAACAGCUUAAGCCGAUGCUCAAUGAAAUGUUGGGUGACAUUUCGCUGCAGGAUUUGAUCGAUAUGGUUUCUGGUGGUGGUGGUUCGGGACCAGUUACUUGCGAUCGCGAUGCUCUGACGCUGUAG